GGCUUUAGCGAGAAAAGGAAAGGAUAUACCUGUACGUACGCUAAAACCUUCUCCAUUGGCAGCUCUGAAGCUCACUGACGGCACCGUAAAGCUCGACGCCAACUCCGGCUACCGGAAUGGCUUCCAUUUCUAGCCAUGGAUUCAGACACCUCUCCACCACAAGGUGCUCGUUUCAGUUCCACUUUCACAAGCUCCGAACCUCAACUUCACUUGCUGCCUCACCUUCAUCCACUAUUUCACACGAUGAUUCUGAACGAGCCGAGCAGCACGAACCUCCGACUUCCAAUGGAUUCAGCAAACAAUCCCAGCCGUAUUUUCCCAAACGAGGCCAAACCUUGGAAUUGGUUUGUGAAUCGUUGGCAUUUAAGGGAAAGGGUCUGUGUAAGGUUGCUGAUACUGGAUUUGUUGUCUUGUGUGACCGAGUUUUUCCCGGUGAGCGAUUUGUUGGGCGAGUUACUCGAAGAAAAGGGAACUACGCUGAGGCGACUAAGCUAGAGACAUUGUCUCCUCAUUGGGACUUGGUUGAUGCCCCUUGUGAGUAUGCUUCUUACUGUGGAGGAUGUAAAACGCAAAAUCUAUCAUAUGAAGCUCAAGUUAGAUCUAAGGAACAGCAAGUUCACGAGUUGUUGACUCAUGUAGGAAAAUUUUCUAUGAAAGAACUUGAAUCCCAUAGUGUCCUGAAGGCUAUUGUACCUUGCGAAAUCCAGUUUCACUACAGGAACAAGAUGGAAUUCUCGUUUGGUUCUAAAAGAUGGCUACCAAAGGAUGUAUUCAUAGAAAAACAGGAAGGCGAUGAGAUCAAUGCUCUCGGACUACAUGCUCCCGGAUUUUUUGAUAAGGUUCUAAACAUUGACAAAUGUUUAUUGCAAAGUGGACCUGCCAAUCAGGUUCUUGCAUCCAUACAAGAAUGUUGGAGGGAUCCUCUACUGGGUUUGUCUCCUUAUGAUGUGCAUUCUCACAAAGGAUUCUUAAAGCAUUUGAUGCUGCGGACGGGAAGGGAUGUAAAGACUGGUUUGCCUGAACUUAUGGUUAACUUUGUGACCUCAUGCUACAAGCCUGAGCUGCUGAUGCCCCUAGUUGAGAAAAUUUCAGAUAUUCCUGAAGUGGUUAGCGUUGUGAAUAAUAUAAAUUCCUCUGUUGGUAACACUUCUGUUGGAGAGGUGGAACAUGUUUUAUAUGGGAAAUCCACCAUCACAGAGAACCUACGAGGUCUGACAUUCCAAAUAUCAGCGAAUUCUUUCUUUCAAACAAACACUUGUCAGGCAGAGGUUUUGUAUAGGCUGAUUGAAGAGUGUGCUGGUCUUAAAGGAGAUGGUUCAGAAAUUGUUCUCGACUUGUUUUGUGGGACUGGUACUAUUGGUCUUACACUUGCUAAAAGGGCUAGACAUGUUUAUGGCUAUGAAGUGGUUGCUCAGGCCAUCAAAGAUGCUUGUUUGAAUGCCAAACUGAAUAGUAUCUGUAAUGCCACAUUUGUUCAAGGGGAUCUGAAUAAAAUUGACGAAAGUUUUGGCGACAAUUUUCCCAAGCCCGAUAUCAUCAUUUCGGAUCCAAACCGUCCUGGUAUGCACAUGAAGUUGAUUAAAUUUCUUCUCAAGAUCAAGGCACCUCGCAUAGUUUAUGUAUCAUGUAAUCCAGCAACUUGUGCUCGUGAUCUCGAUUAUCUCUGCCAUGGUGUGGAGGAGAAAGGCAUAAAAGGCUGUUAUACACUGAAGAGCGUACAGCCAGUAGAUAUGUUCCCCCACACUCCUCAUAUUGAAUGUGUCUGCCUACUAGAACUCACACCUGAUUCCCAAAUGGGAUCAUGAUUGUUACUCAAAUGCAAGCCUUCUCGUUUCAUGUAUUCCUAGUUAAUGAAGAGAGGGAAUUCUAGAAACAUGUACUCGGUAUUUGUAUUCAAAUCUCAUAGCAGAGCAAGAGAAAGUGGUUUAUGAGCUUGUAGUUGCUACGGAUUAUAUAACAAAUAAGUCAUUCGUUAAAGCAAUCUGUAUUAUCUUGUAUUCUU